AAAAUCAUCGAAUCUGUGUGGGUAGCUAGCUAACAAGGUUUUCCUCUGGCGGAAGGCGAAGGAACAUCGAAAACCCCAAAGCAGUACCUUUCUGAACCCUGACUACUCUGUUUCUUCAAUUCAUCGGGUAAGUCCCAUUAUUCUUUAAUUCUCACUUCACUUCUCUGUAAUGCCAUCUUUUCCCUCUCCGUUUUCCCUUAAGUUCUCUCCUUUGCGUGUCGUUCCGCCUUUUCGAGAUCGAAACCCUAGACUAUUUUCCGUCUCUGGGAUUUCAUAAUUAGAAUUCCAAACUCCUUUCUUCGAUAUUAAUAUUGGAAAUGAAAGCGCCAAAUACCUUUUUUGGUGCACAACAUAGAAGUUUUCGUGGGGUUUUCAACUUUUUGUGUGUCGGGGUUUUGUUUUUCUUCUUUUACAAUCGCGACGAUAUCAUUCGCAACCCGAUUCUUAGGCAAUCCUCGUAUUUUGUUAGCCACAAGUUGCCUCAAAAUGCGAUUUUGGGAGAUGGGUCUUCUGUGAUUCAUCGUCGAAUGGUUGAAAUCGGUGCCAAUACUUCAAGUGUUGCCGGUGAGGAUGAUUUAGGUGUGAGAGAUUCUGAAUUCUGUUCUGGGUUGGUCCACCAUGAUGGUUAUGCUAGUCCCUGUGAAUUCUUAGAGGUUCAUCCACAGUGCUCUUCUGAUGGAUAUCUUGAUUACUUGAAAUUUUUCUAUUGUACAUGUCAGGGUUUUAGAGUUUUUGGUUAUCUAGGGUUGGGUGUAUGGAUUGCUGCUUUGUUUUAUCUCUUGGGGAACACUGCUGCAGACUACUUUUGCCCUUCACUUGAGAGAUUGUCAAGGCUCUUGAAAUUGCCUCCAACCGUAGCUGGGGUUGUGUUGCUUCCACUUGGGAAUGGAGCACCUGACGUGUUUGCUAGUAUAGCUGCCUUUGUGGGUGCUGAAAGUGGUGAGGUUGGUCUUAAUAGUGUGUUGGGUGGUGCUCUUUUUGUUACCACUAUUGUUGUUGGAACAGUGUCGCUAUGCGUUGCGGAGAAGGAGGUUGGAAUUGAUCGAAGAUGCUUUAUAAGGGAUGUGAGUUUCUUUCUUCUUACUCUGUUUUCGCUGCUUAUGAUUUUGGUUGUUGGUAAGGUGGGUGUUGGGGCGGCCAUUGCUUUUGUAUCCAUUUAUUUUGUGUAUGCGUUCAUUGUUGCUGCCAAUGAGAUAUUGAGGAAACAUGCACAGAGAUUGAAAUUAGAUGUUGUCACACCAAUGCUUCCUGUCCAGGGAAGUGUGUUCUCUCUAGGCGUGGAAGAUGAUAUUCCGAUGUAUAGCUCUUUGCUUGAAGACACUGAAAGCGAUCCUCCCCGCCUUCCUCCAUCGUUGCCCCAGUGGAUGUGGUCUUCAAAUGUGGCAAUAUAUUCAAAUCAAACAAGCAAAAUGAGCUUUUUGGAUGAUGAAAGUCCUCCCUGGGGAUGGACUGAUGAUGGGUCUGGGGAGAACACCAGGGUGUCCUUCUCAGUUUCAAAACUUUUUCUGCUGAUGGAGAUUCCACUGGCUAUUCCUAGGCGAUUCACAAUUCCAAUGGUCAACGAAGAAGUAUGGUCAAAACCUUAUGCUGUCAUCAGUGCUUCAUUGUCUCCCAUUCUCCUGGGCCUUUUGUUUAGCACCAGAGACAAUGUGAGUAAUCAGGGUGUUAUUCUUUCUUAUUGUGUCGGUGUUGCUCUUGGAUGUGCAUUUGGUGUUCUCGCUUAUAAAUACACUGUAUCUGAUCAUCCACCACGUCAAUUUUUGCUUGCUUGGGUACUUGGAGGAUUCAUCAUGAGCAUAGUUUGGUUCUACAUAAUAGCGAACGAGCUUGUGGCUCUAUUGGUAGCAUUUGGUGUAAUUUUCGGAAUUAACCCAUCCAUCUUGGGGUUAACUGUAUUAGCAUGGGGAAAUUCAAUGGGAGAUUUGAUGUCAAAUAUUGCAUUGGCAUUGGAAGGAGAAGAUGGAGUUCAGAUUGCUUUAUCUGGAUGCUAUGCAGGUCCUAUGUUCAACACACUUGUUGGUUUGGGAAUCUCGCUGCUGCUUGGGGCCUGGUCUAAGAAACCCUCUUUGUACGUGGUGCCUAAAGAUAGUAGCUUAUUUUACACCAUGGGAUUUUUGAUCGCAGGACUGCUAUAUGCACUUGUUUUGCUACCUACAAAGAACAUGCAUCCUAACAGAACAUUAGGAAUGGGUCUCAUCACCCUUUAUGUGAUAUUUCUUUCUUUCAGGAUAUGCACUGCAAUGGGAUUUCUAACAGUUGCUGGUUGAAGUUGAUUUUAUCGCAAUGGAUCUAAAUGAGCAUGCUUUCUACAUCUCUCUUUGUAUUUCUGCAAUGGGAUAUCCAAAUUACACGUCAAUGGAAUUGACACUUUCCUUAUAGGGCCCUUGGUAUUUCUGUAGUCUAACAGUCUGUUUGUGAAUCAGAUCAUCUUCGUUUCUU